AGGUCAGUUUACAUUCACACAUGAUGCCGACCAUACAUCAUAGGCAGAGUAAAAAAUCCAUUCUGGAUGGGUAUAUACUACUCCGUAUUUGGGAUUGCUCCGUACAUUUUAAACUUUUAGUUUUGCAUCGGAAAUUCAACAACCAUGUCGCUGAGGCCGACCGCCAAAACUGAGUCCCGCCGGAGCCGGUACAAGGUCGCCGUUGAUUCCGAAGAUGGACGGAGAAGGAGAGAAGAGAACAUGGUGGAGAUCCGGAAGAAUAAAAGGGAGGAGAGUUUGCUCAAAAAACGCCGCGAAGGUCUUCAGCCUCAGCAAUUACAGGAUUUGCAGGAGUCUUCUGCCGUUUCCAAACCCCCCAAAAAGCUAGAAAGUCUUCCUGCUUUGGUUUCUGGAGUCUGGUCAAAUGAUGGCAAUUUGCAACUUGAAUCGACCACCCAGUUCCGGAAGCUUCUUUCAAUAGAACGCAAUCCACCAAUAGAGGAGGUCAUACAAUCUGGAGUUGUUCCUCGCUUUGUUCAAUUUCUUGCUAGAGAUGACUACCCCCCGCUACAGUUUGAAGCUGCAUGGGCUCUCACGAAUAUUGCAUCUGGCACAUCAGACAAUACAAAAGUUGUUAUUGAUCAUGGUGCUGUACCAAUUUUUGUGAGACUUCUUAGUUCCCCAAGUGAUGAUGUUCGUGAGCAGGCUGUUUGGGCAUUAGGAAAUGUUGCUGGUGACUCACCCAAGUGUCGUGAUCUUGUGCUCAACUGUGGAGCUUUGAUGCCACUUUUACUGCAAUUUAAUGACCAAGCAAAGUUGACUAUGCUGAGAAAUGCAACAUGGACGUUAUCCAAUUUCUGUAGGGGCAAGCCUCAGCCACAAUUUGAACAGAUGAAAGCAGCUCUACCUAUCAUUGCACGCCUUAUACAUUCUGGUGAUGAGGAAGUCCUGACUGAUGCAUGCUGGGCUCUCUCUUACCUAUCAGAUGGCACUAAUGAUAAAAUCCAAGCUGUAAUUGAUGCUGGAGUCUGUAACCGCCUUGUUGAGCUUCUAUGUCAUCCUUCACCAUCCAUUCUCAUACCUGCCCUCCGUACUGUUGGUAAUAUUGUUACUGGUGAUGAUAUUCAGACUCAGGUUAUUAUUGACCAUAUGGCUCUUUCUUGCCUUUUUAACUUAUUGAGUACAAAUGGCAAGAAAAGCAUCAAGAAGGAGGCUUGCUGGACUAUCUCAAACAUUACAGCUGGAAACAAGGACCAGAUUCAGGCAGUUAUUGAUUAUGGUAUAAUUGAACACCUUGUUGAUCUACUCCAAAACUCUGAGUUUGAAAUAAAGAAAGAGGCUGCAUGGGCAAUCUCAAAUGCUACCUCUGGUGGAUCUCCUGCACAAAUCAAGUUCUUAGUAUCAAAGGGUUGUAUAAAGCCUUUAUGUGAUCUUUUAGCUUGUCCUGACCCAAGAGUUGUAACGGUCUGCUUGGAAGGACUUGAGAACAUUUUAAAGAUGGGUGAAGCUGAGAAGGAUGGAACAGAUGGGGUUAACACAUUUGCACAAUUAAUAGAUGAAGCGGAUGGGUUAGAGAAGAUUGAGAAUCUUCAGAUGCAUGAUAAUCAGGAUAUAUAUGAGAAGGCAGUUAAGAUUCUUGAAACUUAUUGGUCGGAUGAAGAUGAAGAGCAGAUGCCUUCAGUUGGUGGUGGUGGUGGUGCUCCAUCACAAACUGGAUUUAACUUUGGGGGUGGGGAUCCUUCUGUUCCUUCUGGAGGGUUCAUGUUCACCUAAAGGUUUGUUUCCUUAAUAUGUGUUUCUUUGGUUUGAGAAGAGGCUAAACACAGAAUGAUGGGUCAUUGCGGGACAGGACCAGACAUAUUAUUGUGUCCUGUCUUGAAAGAAUCUUUAGGAAGAUGUAGAGAAACUGUUUUCUUUACAAUCUAAAAUUCAAACAUAUUGUUAAUUAUUUUAUUUUUAAUACCUAUGAGUCUAUGACUCAUUAAGCUGUGGUGUUUUGUUCAUCAAAUUACAUGUAAUAUAGUUUGUUUAAGUUAUCCCAAUAUAUCCCUUGAGAGACUUCCACAGGGGGCAUCUGCCUAUUUGUUUGGUAAUGUAAUGUGCUGCAUGUAUAUUAGGUUCUAUUUAUUUUCUGAUGACAAGUGUUUGGUGCACAUCAAUGUUACGCUGAAUUCUGCUUAUUGUGUU